AUGCCCGAUCACGGUUUCUCGAGGCCGCAGGGCCGCAAGAAGAAGAUUACCCCCGUCGUCAUCCUCUCUUAUGUUCUCGACUGGUUGAUCCUCGUCGGCGUCGGCGUCUUGGGUCUGUUCCUCGGCGAGGUUACCCCCAACAAGCGCCACUUCAGUUUGCAAGACCCUAAUAUCUCCUUCCCCUUUACCGUCAGGGAGACCGUCAAUUCCACCCUGCUUAUGAUCUGCAACUCUAUCAUCCCUAUCGGCGUCGUCCUCAUCGUUGUCCUCCUCUUCGUUCCGGGACCAACCGUCCCUAAGGGCACACCGAAGUCUCUCAUUUGGAAGCGGAAGCUGUGGGAACUCCAUACGGGAUGGCUAGGUUUGGCGCUCUCGCUCGUGUCGGCCUGGAUCAUUACGCAGGGCAUGAAGAACCUUUUCGGAAAACCGCGACCCGAUCUGCUGUCCAGGUGCCAGCCCGACCUCACCGACGUUGCUAAGUACAUCGUCGGAUUCAAGACCCUCGCCGAUGACGGUUCCCUUGACGGCCCUUAUAACGGCCAGUUAGUCAGCGCAGACAUCUGCAAAAACCCCGAUCACGCUUUGCUCGACGACGGCUUCCGUAGUUACCCCUCGGGUCACGCCAGCUCCGCCGCCGCCGGCCUCAUCUACCUCUCGUUCUUCCUAGCUAGCAAGUUCGCCAUCACGAUUCCGUUUGUUCCUCGAGAUCCGCAGUCGAGCGACUCGAUCGCGGUCACGGCCUUCCCGUCGCGCCUGCGCGCCAGCGGCCCGAGCCGAGCUUACGAAGCCGUACGAUCGGCUAAUUUUGGCGAUCGCGUCGAUUCCGCCACGGUUAAGGAGAUUGGCGCUCACAAUUCUGCCGUGCAGGCUAUUCGCACACAGGCCGCCGCCCCGCCGCUCUACCUCCUCUUCAUAACCGUCCUCCCUUUCUUCACGUCCAUAUUCAUCGCUAGCUCGCGCUGGUUCGACUUCCGACACCACGGAUUCGAUAUCCUCUUCGGCUUCAUAAUAGGAACGAUCACGGCCUGGUUCUCCUUCCGAUAUUACCACCUCCCCGUCCGAUCCGGCGCCGGGUGGGCGUGGGGCCCGCGCAGCCACGACAAGGCCUUCUGGGCCGGCCUGGGCUCGUGGAGUUACGCGACAGACAAGAAUCACUGGGACCGACCCGGCGACGAAGAGGAGACGUUCGCGGGCCAUCACCACGACGACAUUGAGUUGGGCGUGCGAUAUAGGCCCAAGGCUGAGGACCCGCCGCGCGGGGAGGGCGCCGAGGCGGCCGGUAUGAGAAGCGUCGCGCUCUGA